CCGCCACAACACCGCUUUGACCACAAGUUGUGUGGUGUUGCAAAAAUUUAUUCCGCAUUUAAAAAAAAUAUAAAUUGAAUUUACUUUGCUAUGAAUUUAAUAUAAAAAAUAUAAAUAACUAAACAAAUACAAUCUUAAAAUAUAAUUGUUGAUAACUACCGGCCUGAAAAUGAUGUACGACAAUGAAGAAGAAAUAUAUGAAGGAGAAAAUGCCGAAGAAAUUUCUCACGAAUUGUGGCAAGAAGCUUGUUGGAUUGUCAUCAACGCAUAUUUCGAUGAGAAAGGUUUGGUGCGACAACAAUUGGACAGUUUUGAUGAAUUCAUUCAGAUGUCUGUGCAACGUAUUGUCGAAGACUCGCCGGCCAUUGACCUACAAGCUGAGGCACAGCAUACGUCUGGAGAAAUUGAAACACCGCCCCGUUUUCUGUUGAAGUUCGAUCAAAUCUACUUAUCAAAACCGACACAUUGGGAAAAGGAUGGUUCACCAAGUCCUAUGAUGCCGAACGAAGCUCGUCUUCGUAAUCUAACCUAUUCCGCACCACUCUACGUUGACAUAACAAAAACAAAAAUUAUCGAAGGUCAAGAUCCAGUCGAGACACAACAUCAGAAAACAUUCAUUGGCAAAAUCCCAAUUAUGUUACGUUCGACAUAUUGCCUACUCAGUCAGCUAUCCGAUCGUGAUUUGACAGAAUUAAACGAAUGCCCGUUAGAUCCGGGUGGCUAUUUCAUUAUAAACGGUUCAGAAAAAGUACUCAUCGCUCAAGAGAAAAUGGCAACCAACACUGUAUACGUGUUUAGCAUGAAAGAUGGCAAAUAUGCCUUUAAAUCUGAAAUUCGCUCCUGUUUAGAGCACAGUUCACGUCCCACAUCAACACUUUGGGUCAAUAUGAUGGCUCGAGGUUCACAAAAUAUCAAAAAAUCAGCCAUUGGUCAGAGAAUUAUUGCUAUUCUCCCAUAUAUCAAACAAGAAAUUCCAAUUAUGAUUGUAUUCCGAGCUCUCGGCUUUGUCGCCGACAGAGAUAUUCUUGAACACAUUAUCUACGAUUUUGACGACCCCGAAAUGAUGGAAAUGGUUAAACCAUCUUUGGAUGAAGCCUUCGUUGUGCAAGAGCAAAAUGUUGCUUUGAAUUUUAUUGGAGCUCGUGGUGCCCGUCCGGGUGUAACAAAAGACAAGCGUAUAAAAUACGCAAAAGAAAUUUUACAAAAAGAAAUGUUACCCCAUGUUGGGGUUUCAGACUUCUGUGAGACAAAAAAAGCAUAUUUCCUGGGUUAUAUGGUUCACAGGCUGUUGUUGGCUUCGUUGGGUCGUCGUGAACUUGACGAUCGGGAUCACUAUGGUAACAAACGUCUCGAUUUAGCUGGACCAUUGUUGGCAUUUUUAUUUAGAGGACUCUUUAAAAAUCUCAUGAAAGAGGUCCGAAUGUAUACACAAAAGUUUAUCGAUAGAGGAAAGGACUUUAAUUUGGAAUUGGCCAUUAAGACAAACAUUAUUACCGAUGGUUUGAGGUAUUCAUUGGCCACAGGCAACUGGGGAGAUCAGAAAAAAGCUCAUCAGGCUCGUGCCGGAGUAUCUCAGGUGUUGAAUCGUUUGACUUUUGCCUCAACAUUGUCCCAUUUGAGACGUGUUAACUCUCCCAUUGGUCGUGAUGGUAAAUUGGCCAAACCACGUCAGUUGCAUAAUACACUUUGGGGCAUGUUGUGUCCUGCUGAGACUCCAGAAGGAGCUGCUGUCGGCUUGGUCAAGAAUCUGGCCUUGAUGGCUUACAUUUCUGUAGGAUCCCAACCAUCUCCAAUCUUGGAGUUCUUGGAAGAGUGGUCUAUGGAAAAUUUGGAAGAAAUUGCACCCUCUGCUAUUGCAGAUGCCACCAAGAUCUUUGUCAAUGGUUGCUGGGUGGGAAUUCAUCGUGAUCCUGAACAAUUGAUGGCAACCCUACGUAAAUUGCGUCGUCAGAUGGAUAUUAUUGUCUCGGAAGUGUCUAUGAUUCGAGAUAUUCGUGAUCGUGAGAUUCGUAUUUACACAGAUGCUGGACGGAUUUGUAGACCUUUGUUGAUUGUUGAGAAUGGCAGCUUGUUGCUUAAGAGAAAUCACAUUGAAAUGUUGAAAGAACGUGAUUACUAUAAUUACAGUUGGCAGGUACUUGUGGCAUCUGGAGUGGUCGAGUACAUCGACACUCUGGAAGAGGAGACAAUUAUGAUUGCCAUGUCCCCCUACGAUUUGAAACAAGACAAAGAUUAUGCCUAUUGUACGACUUACACUCAUUGUGAAAUCCAUCCAGCUAUGAUUUUGGGUGUGUGUGCGUCCAUUAUUCCAUUCCCCGAUCACAAUCAAUCACCUCGUAACACAUAUCAAAGUGCUAUGGGUAAGCAAGCUAUGGGUGUCUACAUUACUAAUUUCCAUGUUCGGAUGGACACUCUUGCUCAUGUCCUUUACUAUCCAAUGAAACCUUUGGUCACAACUCGUUCCAUGGAAUAUCUGCGUUUCAGAGAGUUGCCAGCUGGUAUUAAUUCUAUUGUAGCUAUUUUGUGUUAUACUGGAUACAAUCAGGAGGACAGUGUUAUCUUGAAUGCUUCGGCUGUGGAAAGAGGAUUCUUCAGAUCCGUGUUUUACCGUUCAUACAAAGAUUCUGAAAACAAACGUAUUGGAGAUCAAGAAGAACAAUUUGAGAAACCGAACAGAGCCACAUGCCAGGGAAUGAGAAAUGCACAUUAUGACAAAUUGGAUGAUGAUGGAAUUAUUGCUCCAGGUAUUCGUGUGUCUGGUGAUGAUGUGGUUAUUGGAAAGACUAUUACUUUGCCAGAAAAUGAUGAUGAGUUGGAAAGUACAACAAAACGUUUUACUAAACGAGAUGCUUCAACUUUCUUGCGUAACUCUGAAACUGGUAUUGUUGAUCAAGUGAUGUUGACAUUGAAUAGUGAGGGUUAUAAGUUUUGUAAGAUUCGUGUCCGUUCAGUGCGUAUUCCACAAAUUGGUGAUAAGUUUGCCUCACGUCACGGACAAAAGGGUACCUGUGGUAUACAGUAUCGUCAAGAAGAUAUGGCAUUCACAGCCGAAGGACUUACACCAGAUAUUAUUAUUAAUCCUCACGCUAUUCCAUCUCGUAUGACAAUUGGGCAUUUAAUCGAGUGCUUGCAAGGCAAGCUGGGUUCGAACAAGGGUGAAAUUGGUGACGCAACUCCAUUCAACGAUGCCGUCAACGUACAGAAAAUUUCAACUUUCCUCCAAGAAUAUGGUUAUCAUUUGCGUGGCAAUGAGAUCAUGUACAAUGGACACACUGGUAGAAAAAUUAAUGCUCAGGUAUUUUUAGGGCCAACAUACUAUCAACGUCUCAAGCAUAUGGUGGAUGACAAAAUCCAUUCCAGAGCUCGUGGUCCAGUGCAGAUUUUGGUGCGACAACCUAUGGAGGGUAGGGCUCGUGAUGGUGGUCUACGUUUCGGUGAGAUGGAACGUGAUUGUCAGAUAUCUCACGGUGCUGCGCAAUUCUUACGUGAGAGGCUCUUUGAAGUAUCUGAUCCCUAUCGCAUUCACAUUUGCAAUUUCUGUGGCUUAAUUGCAAUUGCAAAUUUGCGUAAUAACACUUUUGAGUGUAAGGGAUGCAAGAAUAAGACUCAAAUCUCCCAAGUUCGACUUCCGUAUGCGGCCAAGUUGCUGUUCCAGGAACUAAUGUCAAUGAACAUUGCACCACGUUUAAUGGUUAUUUAAAAUGAUUGUGUUUUUUUCCUCCUUUAUCAUUUUGUACUAGAACGUAUUUUAAUUAAAAAAAAUUAAAUUAUAAAUAAGACAAAAAAAUAA